AUGGCCUGGCAAUAUCUAGUACUGGACGUUUUACUCAGUGACUCUCAUGAGCGCUGGGCGAAAGGCAGACAUUUUUCGCAUUUAGACGUUCCCGAUGGCCUUUUGAGUAUGAAGACCGUGGCGCAGAUGGUUGGCUCUUUUCUUGUGACUCGUUUAUCCUUGGACUUGAUUCAUAGAUCGUUAUCGGUCUUCUGUGUUGCUACCUUCCUGAGUGCCCCUCAUGACUGGCCAUCUAUGUUUGGGAGUAUGUUGGAUACAUACACACUUAGUUUAUUUUGGGGCUUUUCCAUGGGUAUCCCGCUCCGGGACUCUAAUGCUCCUGUGUUUUUUUUCUUCACGGGAGUUGGUGUCCUCAUUGAGGAGGCGUUCCAGAACAGCUUGCGCGGGAAACUACCAGGUCCUACGGAUCCACAGAGCUUGAGUUUCACGUUAUUGAAAAGGGCUGUCGGCUAUAUUUGGGUCUUAGUAUGGCUGGGAAGCUCGGGAUCUUAUCUCAUCUAUCAAACGGUGACUAUUGCUAUUGUAAAUAGAUCUGUGGGAGUGCCCUAUAGCAUGGUGGAAAGCGUCGGUUUACAGACAACUGUUGCUCUUAUUGACACCUUGGGAUCCAGGCAUCAAUUGGACAUCUUUCCCGCGGAAUUGAUAACUGAUCUGACUAGUUCUGAUCAUGAAGAAUUCACUCCCUCGAACAAUAAAAUCGAACAACCUGGAGGAAUGAUUGAACUCGGACUUAGCCGCAUAUCGCGCCUCCUCCAGCAGACCCCUCUGUCAUGGAAGGCCAUCCAUAUCGCCGGGACUAACGGCAAAGGCUCAAUCAGCGCCUAUGUGUCUCGCCUUCUGGCCUCCGGGGGCGUCCGGUGUGGCCGCUUCACCUCUCCUCAUUUAAUUGACCGGUGGGAUUGCAUCACAAUUGACGAAAAGGUCGUGCAGGAGUCGCUAUUCCGGCAGAUUGAGGAAGAGGUCAAGCUGCGGGAUCAGACGCUGGGAAUUGGAGCGAGCGAAUUUGAGCUUUUGACUGCGACGGCUUUUGAGAUCUUCAACCAUGAGCGGGUUGAGGUCGGUGUGGUUGAAGUUGGUAUGGGUGGGCGACUGGAUUCGACGAAUAUUCUGAGCGAUGUGCUGGUUUCCGUUAUUGCGAAAAUCGGACUGGACCAUCAGGCGCUGCUUGGAAACUCCAUUGAACAGAUUGCUAGCGAAAAAGCCGGAAUUCUAAAGCCUCAUACUCCCUGCGUGGUCGACGGCACCAACUGCCCGGAAGUUAUCACGACGCUCCAUAGCCGUAUACAGGAGCUGGAUCUGAAAGGAGACUUUGUACACCCCGAUGCGGUCGAAAGCCAGGCUCCGUCUUUGGCUCGUAUAUUCGAGAAAUUGGAUCUCUUGCCCCAUCAGCGUGCGAAUAUGUACUGCGCGGUCUCGGCGCUCCAGCUCGCCUUGCCGAAACUACGUCCAGGACUCAAUGUCGAUUCAUUGCUUCCCCACCUAUCGGAAGUGAAGUGGCCCGGACGUCUACAAGAUAUUGUUCUCGAACCAUUGGUCACCCGCAAAGAACCUAUCUUGCUGGACGGUGCCCACAAUGCUCAAUCAGCCCAAGUCCUCGGAGAACACGUGGAGCGCAAACUCCGUCGCCAGCGGAAGAACGUUACCUGGGUUAUCGCGGCAUCGCGGGGCAAGGAUUUGACGGAAUUAUUCGGCGCGUUCAUCAAACCUGGGGAUAACGUCGCAACUACAGCGUUUGGCCCUGUGGACGGGAUGCCGUGGGUGAAGGCAGUCGACCCUACAGAGCUGGCUACGUGCGUUCAAUCAUUCCCAGAGAUUCAACAAGUCAAGGCCUUUGGCAAGAACAUACCCGCUGCGAUCAAUUGGGCCAGCGACGUUGCUAAUAGUGGGCCAUUGGUCAUUGCUGGUAGCCUUUAUCUGGCAUCGGACGUUCUUCGUCUCUUGCGCGAGGCAUAG